UUGAGCGAGUUUCGAGCGAAUUUCGUGAAGCAAGUCCAAUCAAACUUUAUCCCUUUAUAAAGCUUAAUUGGGGUUGUGAAGUUUGGACUUCUUCUAUUUGCGGCGUCUUGAUAAUCGAGGGACUGUCCGACCGAAUAUCAGAAACGGGACAAGGAGGGAUCCGAUUCUGCUAUUUUAUCUGGCAGGCCGCGAGGCAUCCGCAAAUUCAUCAUCUCCGAUCCCAAUCGUCGCUCUCUAAUCCUUCCUCUCUAUCCCCUAAGCCGCCGUCCCCCGUUGCCUAUCCUGCGUUUCCUUUCCCUACGAUUAGAAAACAGAGAUCGAUCAACAGAAACAACAGGUACUGCCAUCGGCUUUAUCACCACCGUUACAAGGUUAUUCUCCCGCUGCCGGAAACCCUGGCGCAGAGGAUUGGCAAAGCCGUACGCCGGUCCGGCGCUCCGUCCAAGGCUAGGGCUUACGCCGACAUCAAUGUCAUCCGUCCCAAGGAGUACUGGGAUUAUGAGUCCCUCACCGUCCGGUGGGGGGAGCAAGAUGACUACGAGGUUGUGAGGAAGGUUGGGAGAGGGAAAUACAGUGAGGUAUUCGAGGGCGUUCACUGCACGAAUAAUGAGAAAUGCAUUAUCAAGAUCCUUAAACCUGUCAAGAAGAAGAAGGCACUAGACUACUGCCACUCCCAAGGUAUUAUGCAUCGGGAUGUCAAGCCCCAUAAUGUUAUGAUUGAUCAUGAGCAGCGUAAGCUCCGCCUUAUAGACUGGGGUCUUGCAGAGUUUUAUCACCCUGGCAAAGAAUACAAUGUUCGUGUUGCUUCAAGAUACUUUAAAGGUCCGGAGCUGCUUGUUGAUUUGCAAGAUUAUGAUUACUCUUUAGACUUGUGGAGCCUUGGUUGUAUGUUUGCUGGAAUGAUAUUCCGCAAGGAGCCAUUUUUCUAUGGGCACGAUAAUUAUGAUCAGCUUGUUAAAAUUGCCAAGGUACUUGGGAAUGAUGAGUUAAAUGCUUAUCUCAACAAGUACCGGAUUGAGUUGGACCCACAUUUUGCUGCCCUGGUCGGGAGGCAUAGCAGGAAACCAUGGACCAAAUUCAUUAAUGCAGAUAAUGAACAUUUGGCUGUUCCAGAGGCAAUUGACUUUCUGGACAAGUUGCUGCGAUAUGAUCAUCAAGAAAGGCCAACUGCAAAAGAAGCAAUGGCCCAUCCUUACUUCUACCCGGUAAGAAAUGCUGAAAGCAGCAGAACUCGUCGCUAGUGCUUGAGCCAUCAAGGGAUAGUGUCAGCUCCUGUGUUGGGUUAGGUCAUCUUCUAUAAUUUGACUUAAAUGUCACAGAGCUAGCUAAGCUUUUAUUCAUUUAGAUUGUUUAUGUAUUUUUGUCGUAAAUACUUCAUUUUAUUUUUAUUUAGGGAGGGGGUGCUGUGGAGUCAUGAACUUUCCGUUACUAUUCUGUUAAAUAUUUUUGGUAGACUCGUCUUUAUCAGAUUUAUCGGUGACCAGUCCAUUCUUGAUCUCGCUUUAUAACUUUUGCAUUAGUCGGAACAUGUAAAAUGAAUCUCAUCCACCCAUCAGGUAUGGGCAAUAGGAUGCUACUAGGAACAACUCUUGGAAUUCACGUUUCAGUUGAACCCGCCAUUUCUAUCUAGGCCGGCCUUGGGCAGUCAAAGCCAUAGCUACUUGGUCCGCUCUUUGUGAACCAUUUGCUACCAUCGUUUGGGAAAACUUGUUUAUGUGGAAGUCCUGUUGUGUGCCCAAGCAACCACCUAUAUGUGUUUUGAGCAGCCAGUGAUAGAACAGAAAGAAAUGCACAGGAUGUCUAUGGUCUUUAGGAUUUCCAAUUGUGUUAUUGAGGCCCAA